AUGACUACCGAAAAUAAAUCCAUUGGCGUCGGUGAGAUGGCCGCUCCCAUUGAACAACAUGAUCUUCACGAGCAGAAUGAACCUGUCGCGGCCCCUGAUAUGCCGCAAGGCUGGAGAUACAGACAACGCCGCUUGUUCGGUCUCAAUAUCCCCUGGUACGCGUCGCCCAAAGUCCAGUUGGUCAUGGUCGCAUUCGUGUGCUUCAUGUGCCCCGGUAUGUUUAAUGCGCUCGGUGGAAUGGGUGGUGGUGGAAAGACCGAUGCGACUUUGGCGGACAACAUGAAUACGGCCCUCUACAGCACUUUCGCCGUCUUCGGUAUAUUCGGCGGUACAUUCGUCAACAGGCUCGGAGUCAAAUGGACCCUCGCGUUUGGAGGUACUGGAUACUGCCUCUAUGCUAUCAGCUUGCUAGUCUCCCUGUACGCUGAUGUAGAGGGUUUCAAUAUCUUCGCCGGUGCCUGGCUUGGUAUCUGCGCCGGUCUUCUCUGGACCGCGCAAGGAACCAUCAUGAUUUCCUACCCAUCCGAAGACAAGAAGGGAGCUUACUUUGCUUGGUUCUGGGGAAUCUUCAACAUGGGUGCCGUGAUUGGCAGCUUGAUCCCUCUCGGUCAAAACUUCAAUGUCACAGCAAACGUCACCGUCUCAUCAGGAACUUACAUCGGCUUCAUUGUCCUCAUGUUCAUUGGUGCCCUUCUCGCCCUCUGCCUCUGCAACGCGAACGAUAUUAUUCGUGAAGACGGCACCCGCGUUAUCCUGAUGAAGAACCCAAGCUGGCAAUCUGAGCUCAUCGGUCUCUGGGAGACACUCCGGUUUGAGCCUUACGUCGUCCUUCUCUUCCCCAUGUUCUUCGCUUCCAACUGGUUCUACGUCUAUCAACAGAAUGGCGUGAACAGCGCGCACUUCAACACCCGUACCAAGGCCCUGAACAGUCUUCUCUACUACUUGGCCCAGAUCGUCGCUGCCGCCAUCUGGGGAGUGCUCCUUGAUAUUCAGAGCGUGAAGCGCUCGUUCCGCGCCAAGGUGACCUGGGCGGUUCUUUUCGUGUUGACCAUGGCUAUCUGGGGUGGUGGCUAUGCUUACGAGAAGACCUACACCAGAGAUACCGUGAACACCACAUUGCACCCGGAUUUCAAGCCGACAGAUUGGUCAACACCCGGCUACGUUGGUCCUAUGUUCUUGUAUAUCUUCUACGGAUUUUAUGAUGCCGCUUGGCAGGCUAGUCUCUACUGGUUCAUGGGUGCGCUCUCCAACUCGGGUCGUCGUUCCGCGAACUAUGUCGGUUUCUACAAGGGAAUCCAGUCCGUCGGCGCUGCGAUCGUGAACAACCUCGAUUCGCGCAAACUUUCAUUCAAGAAGGAGUUCAUCAGCAACUGGGUUCUUCUUUCCGUAUCUCUCGUUGUCGCUGCUCCUGUUAUCUUUAUGAAGAUUCGGGAUCACGUUGACGUGGAGGAUGAUAUUGCUGGAACCGAUGAGACCCUUGCGGAUGUCUUGCCAGUUGAUCACCCCGAGAAAAUCGGAGCGUAA